AUGGCUGCCUUGCCUUCUCCUACUCAGGUGGCAGGGACCCACAGUUCAAUAUACGAAGCCUACUAUCAUCAAGUUGACCCGAACGGGACGGGCGCCAUCCAGGCACUGGACGCGGCCCGGUUCCUGAAGAAGUCCCGGCUCAGCGAUGUGGUGCUCAGCAAGAUAUGGGACCUCUCCGACCCGAACGGCAAGGGCUACUUGGACAAGGCUGGCCUAUUUGUGGCGCUCAAGCUUGUCGCCCUAGCGCAGGCCGGGAAGGACAUCAACAUGAGCAAUAUAAACAGCGAGGCGCCGCCACCGAAAGUGGGCGAACUGCCCAAAGUGCCGCCGCCCGUGGUGCCGCCCGCCCCCUCCCCCGCCGCGGCCCCCGCCCCCGCCGGCGACUGGAGCAUCAAACCCGCAGAGCGGGAGAAGUACAGCCAACUCUUCGACUCGCUGCAGCCAAACAACGGGCUCAUACCGGGCAACAAGGUGAAAGGCGUUUUGAUGGAGUCAAAACUGCCUUUAGAGACCCUGGGAAAGAUUUGGGACUUGGCUGAUCAAGACAAAGAUGGAAUGCUCGAUAGGCAUGAAUUUAUAGUGGCGAUGCACCUCGUGUACAAGGCGCUGGAGAAGCACGCGGUGCCGACCGUGCUGCCGGCGGAGCUGCGCGCCCGCCCCCCCCCCCCCCCCUCCCGUCCGCCCUCGCGCCCCCCCUCCCGGCCCCCCUCGCGCCCUCCGUCUCCGCAGCCGCGCGCGCCCCCGCCCCGCCCGCAGCCGCCGCCGCACCACUCCAACGCCGCGCUGCUCGAGGGCCUCCUGGACCUCUCCAGCCCGACCGCGACGGUCGCGCCGAGCAUGGCGGCGAGCGUGGCGCCGAGCGUAGCGCCGAGCGCUGUGCCGAGCGCUGUGCCGAGCGCGCUGCCGAACGGCUCGGCGAACGGCUCGCUGGCGGGGCCGAGCGCCCGCGAGCGCGCCGAGUACGAGGCGCAGUUCGAGGCGGCCGACCUGGACCGCGACGGGCUGGUCUCCGGCGCGGAGAUCCGCGACACCUUCCUGCGCAGCGGGCUGCCGCACCAGACCCUGGCGCACAUCUGGGCGCUGUGCGACGGCGCCGGCGCGGGCAAGCUGUCGCGCGCGCAGUUCGCCGCCGCCAUGUGGCUGGUGCAGCGCGCCAAGAGGGGCGAGCCGCCGCCGGCCGCGCUGCCGCCGCACUUGCUGCAGCCGCAGCUCGUACAUGGCGGGACACGAAACGCCGUAUUAUACGAUACCGCACCUACUGCAGCCACACGUCAGUGUACCUUAUUGCCACUGCGUAAAGCUUAUUUCCGCUUGUACAUACCGGGACGGUACACGCCGUGUUGUACUAUACCGCACCUGCUGCAGCCGCAUCGCACCUUAUUGCGAUCGCAUAAGGCUCAUUUCGGCUCAGACAUACCGGGACGCGAAACGCCGCGUUAUACGAUACCGCACCUGCUGCAGCCGCAGGUCAGUACGGUAUCGUAUAACGCGGUCACCAGC